AUGUCCCGCAUCAUCAAGGCGCUGCAGAUCAAGGGCAGCGAGCCCAAGGAGGGCGUCUCCACCGCCGACACCUUUCUCCGCAACGAUGACCUGCUGCCCGUCGACCCGGAGCGCCGCUCGUGGGGCACCUGGUCCUUUGUCGCCUUCUGGGUCAGCGACGGCCUCAACCUCAACACCUUUAUGAUUGCCUCGACGGCCGUCUCGCUCGGCAUCUCGUGGUGGGCCGCGUGGCUGGCCAUCAUCUUUGGCUACACUGCCGUCUCGUUCCUCAUUGUCACCACUGCCCGCAUCGCCGCCGUCUACCACAUCUCGUUUCCCAUUCUCGCCCGCAGCACCUUUGGCGUCUGGGGCGCCAUCUGGCCCACGAUCAACCGCAGCGUCAUGGCGUGCAUCUGGUACGGCGUCCAGUCGUGGAUCGGCGGUCAGUGCGUCACCCUCGUGCUCCAGUGCCUCGCGCCUGGCUACAUCAACAUGAGGAACACGCUGCCUGCGUCGGCUGGCAUCGAGACGUACGAGUUUGUCUCCUUUUUCCUCUUCUCGCUCAUCUCGCUUCCCAUCGUCUACCUCAAGCCCGAAAAGGUCCGCUACUUCUUCCACGUCAAGUCCGUCGUCGUUCCCAUUGCUGCCAUUGCCUUUUUCGCCUGGUCCAUCGCCGACGCCAAGGGCCUGGGACCCAUUGUGCACCAAAAGGCGACCAUCAGCGGGGGAAAGUAUGGCUGGGCGUUUGUGUCGACGGUCAUGAGCUGCAUCUCCAACAUGGCCACCCUCAUCGUCAACAUCCCCGACGUCGCGCGCAUGGCCAAGUCAAAGAAGAGCGUCACCUGGUCGCAGUUCAUCUCCAUCCCCGCCACCUUCAGCAUCACGUCCUUCUUUGGCAUCAUCAUCGCCUCGUCCUCCAACGUCACCUACGGCGAGCUGAUCUGGAACCCGGUGCUGCUGCUCGGACAGCGGCUCAAGGUCGACCCCUACAACUCGGCCAACCGGGCCGGCGUCUUCUUCAUCGCCCUCGCUUUUAUCAUUGGCCAGAUCGGUGUCAACGUCGCCGCCAACUCGCUCUCUGCCGGCCACGACCUCGCUGCCCUGGCGCCCCGCUUCAUCUCCAUCCGCCGUGGCUCGUUUGUGGCCGCGGCCGUGGGCUUUGCCAUGUGCCCCUGGCACCUCCUCGAGAGCUCAAACUCGUUUGCCACCUACCUCUCGGCCUACUCGCUCUUCCUCAGCUCCAUUUCGGGAACGAUGCUCUGCGACUACUACAUCGUCCGCCGCGGUCUCCUCCACGUGCCCUCGCUCUACACCUCGGACAGCCAAGGGGUGUACCGCUAUCUGGGCGGUUUCAACCUGCGCGCCUUUGCUGCCUACAUUGCGGGCAUCGCCAUGAGCGUCACUGGCUUUGCAGGUGUCCUGGGUGCCAAUGUUUCGACGGCCGCCGAGCACAUCUACACGCUGGCCUACCCCAUUGGCUUCCUCACGAGCGCCCUCGUCUACCUGGCCCUCUGCACCCUCUGGCCCGUCAAGGGCGGCGUCGACGUCCGCACCGCCAGCAGAAAGGAGUUCCACGAGCCAGAGAGCUGGGAGGACGACGGCUGGUUCCCCGAGGCCCAGGCCCAGGCUCAGACCGAGGCUCAGGCCCACCACGCUGGCAAGACCAAGCUGGUAGCAUGA